AUGACAGAUACGACCGUUUUCCUGGAUUGGGUUACGAUUUUGCGAUCCCAACCAGAGCUGGAAUCCCUCGUCAUUAGUAUACGACUAGAAGAUUUCAAUUCAAACGGAAUAUCUCCAAAGAAGAGUAGUCCGCAAAUAGACGCUCUUAAAGAUGCUAGAAUGCAAAGAGAACUUAUGGCACUUACGGAUCAUGUGCUCAUUCAUCUCGUCAAUAGUCCAGUUGCAAUAGAAAUGGCUCAUUCUGUGCUGUCGGUUUGCAAGAGUACAAUUAACCCAGAAUCCGAAGCUAUUAUCUAUAAUCCAAGAAAUUUCCAUAUAUCAGGGUUCAGCAGCUCUGGAAGAUUGACUAAGGAUUCAGGCAUAGACUAUGGUGCCCAUUUAGGUUCAAUAAAUGGAACCAUGUCGUCUGUAUUGCUUAAACCACUAGCGAUACCACCACCUACGGCGACAGAUCCUAUUUCACAUCGUCGAAAGAGCCCCUUGAUGUUCGCUCGAAAAACUGGAUAUCAGGAUCCAGCAAAUCCGAUUGACGAGAAUUACGGUUUCGGUCAUGGGUAUGAAGGAUCAGAGUCGUAUUCAACAUACUUGGAGGUCUGGGGCUGGACCAUACUAGUUAGUUCGAGUCUAAUAUUUAUUGUUGGGAUUUUAUCUGUAGUUGGAAUUCUAGAUUGGAACGAAGGCAAACUACUAACUGGUUCUGACCCUGCCAUUUCUUAUGCAGAUUAUGAGAGCCUCACGGGAUUACCCAUCCCAAAUUAUUAUCCCUCAAUCGUAGUUCUGCUUGGAGUUGUCGCAUGGGUGUGGUGUAUUGUGUCGUGGAUGGGAAUGAAAUUCUUCAGACAUUCCAAAGGAGGGGGGCGAAGUAGCGGAAAUUGGAAGACCAAUGGUAAUUAA